AUGAACGGAGGAGAGCCACCUAUUAAAAGAAGAAGGAUGGCAAUUCUGAUGCUUCCUGAUGAUUUGUUGUUUAACUGCUUAGCCCGUGUGUCAAGACUGUAUUACCCAUCUAUCUCCUUAGUAUCCAAGAGAUUCCGCUCUCUUCUUGCUUCAACGGAGCUCUACGCGACUCGAACCCUCUUAGGGCGUACCGAGACUUGUCUCUACGUGUGCUUAAGGCUACGCGAGCCCUACCCCGCCAAAUCUAACCAACUACGUUGGUUCACUCUCUGUAGGAGACCACAUAGCUCCAAAAAGAUAUUGGCCCCGGUUUCAUCUCUUGAUUCUCCAUCCGCCAUUUGGUCUGAGGGGGAAGUGGUUGGUCCUAAUAUAUACAUUAUUGGCGGGUUAAUGAAAGGUACUGCUUCGUCUAGCGUCAUGAUAAUGGACUGUCAUUCUCACAAAUGGCGUGAGGCCCCAAGCAUGCGGCUGGGCCGUGGGUUCCAUUCUGCUUGCGCCCUUGAUGGGAAAAUAUAUGUAACAGGAGGCUGCGAAGAUCUUGAUCCAACGAAUUGGAUGGAGGUUUUUGAUACAAAGACCCAAACCUGGGAGUUUUUGCAGAUCCCUAGCGAGGAGAUAUGCGGAGGCGCUGAGUACAAGAUCAUCAGUUAUGAGGGAACUAUCUACGUGAGGUCCAAGGAAGCGGAUGCGACUUACAAGCUGCAUAGAGGUAGAUGGAGAGUGGAAGACAUAGCGAUGAAUUUAGGAUGGGGAUCAUCAUCAGCUCAUUGUGUGAUAGAGAACGUGUUCUACCGUUUGAAUAAUAAAAGGUCUAUCGAUUGGUAUGACUCCAGAGAAAAAGUAUGGAAACCUUUGAAGGGUUUGGAUAUUAUAUGGCCUAGGUUAAUUGGUAGUGGUCAUGUCAAACUGACGGAUUAUGGUGGAAAAUUGGUUCUUUUGUGGGAAGAGUAUGUCAACCGUAAAAUAUGGUGUGCAGAAAUUGCGAUUGAUAGACGGCAAAAAGGGGAGAUUUGGGGGAUGCUAGAAUGGUUUGUCGUUGUGUCUACAACCAAUGAGCCGUUUCUUUUAGAGCAUGCUCUUACUACUACCCUUUGA